CCAACCACUGCAACAUGUACAAAUUCCUCCUCCUUGCCGCUUUUGUUGCUUGUGCUGCGGCCAAGCCUGGCGUGGUUGCACCACUCGCUGCCGCACCACUGGCCUAUGCCAAUGCACCACUGUAUGCCGCUGGUGGCAGCAGCCAGGUGGAUGUGCGCAACAACUAUGAUGGCACUCAAUCCUCGUACACCACCGCACCCUUUGAGCUGACGGCGCCUUAUUCCAGCCGCUAUGUCUCUGGCAUUCCAGCUGCCUAUGCCGCAGCUCCCUAUGCUGCCGCACCACUGGCUGCCCCACUGGCUGCCCCACUGGCUGCCCGUCUGACCGCUCCAGUUGCCGCUUCCUACGCUGCUCCUCUGGGCGCUCCUCUGGGAGCUCCUCUGGCUGCCUCCUAUGCUGCCCCCUUUGCUGCCCCCUAUGCCGCUCCCUAUAGCUUCGGUGGUGCCGCCUAUGCCGCCCCUUAUGCCGCCCCCUACAGCUUUGCCGCUCCAGCUCCAGUUGUGGUUUAAAAUUUGAAAUGUUUUGCUUAGCGAAUUAUUUGUGUGUGUAAAUAAAAAUCAAGUUUAUAAAUUGUGAAAUCUUUAAGCGUUAAGCGUUAAUCGUAAAUCAGGCUUAAUAAUAGUUUAUUGACUGUCAUAAGCUGUUACCAUUUUGGCCAGGCCA